AUGGGCUGGGCGCGCUCGCAGCCGUGCGCGCUGGCGCUGGCGGCGGCUCUGGCCGUGUGCGCCUUCUACUACCUGGGCGGCGGCGGGGAGACUUUCUCCAGCGCCACCCGCCGCCUCCGCGCCACGCGGGCCGCCGCACCGCCCGCCACGCCGCCCGGCCCGGCCCGCCGCGAGAGGACGGCGGCAGGAGGAGAGGCGGGCCGGGCGCUGCACCUCCUGAUGAUGUUCACCAAGGUGGAGCGCAGCCCGGCGCUGAGCGGUAAGGGCCAGGCCGCGCUGCGCUCCCUGCUGCGCCACGGACGGCUGCGCCGCGGGGACGGGCUGCACCUCCACCUCGUCACCGACAGCGCCAGCAGAGACAUCGGCGAGGAGCUGCUGCGGGACGCCAUGCGUGGCGCCGCCUUCCGCUACCAGGUAAUAAUCCACGAUGUCAGCGAGCUGACAGAGAAGCUGUUUCCAAUCGUUGAAGCCAUGCAGAAACACUUCAGUGCUGGAUCAGGAACCUACUACAGCGACUCGAUUUUCUUCUUGUCUGUUGCAAUGCAUCGGAUCAUGCCCAAAGAAAUAACACAGAUCAUCCAGGUAGACUUGGACCUGAAGUACAAGGCCAACAUCCGCGACCUGUUUGAGGAGUUUGACAACUUCCAGGAAGGAGCUGUCAUUGGGAUUGCCAGGGAAAUGCAGCCAGUGUACAGGCACACGUUCUGGCAGUACCGCCGCGAGAACCCCCAGACCAGGGUGGGGGAGCCCCCUCCUGACGGGCUGCCUGGCUUCAACAGCGGUGUGCUGCUCCUCAACCUGGAAGCCAUGAGGCGCUCCAAGCUCUACAACCAGCUGCUGGAACCUGGCAUGGUGCAGAAGCUCACAGAGAAGUACCACUUCAAGGGUCACCUUGGGGACCAGGAUUUCUUCACCAUGGUGGGGAUGGAGCAUCCAGAACUGUUCCACGUGCUCGACUGCACAUGGAACCGUCAGCUUUGCACGUGGUGGAAGGACCACGGGUACAGCGAUGUGUUUGAUCAGUACUUUCGGUGCGACGGUGAGGUCAAAAUUUACCACGGGAACUGCAACACCCCUAUCCCUGAGGACUAGGGCACCCCUUCCUCCAGGAGCAGCUGUGACUGCAGGGUCCCUGUACGGCUGCACAGGCUGCAGUGGCCGCACCAGCGGUACCUCCUGAAGCAUGGCCAGCCCAGUCUGUUAUGUUCCAGGGAUAUCCCUGAUCCCUGGCAAUCCCCGAAGCGUUCAGUUUCCCACUGCCUGUAGUCCCACCCGUCCAGAAGAAGGUACAGUCCAGUAGCUGGCACAGGACAUACAAGAUGUCUGGGCUUGGCUCCGUGGCUCAGCCUGGGGCAAGUGCACGGUGCCCCUCUGCUGCAGCCCCAGGGCACAGGGACAGCUGGCAGGCCUUUGGGUGACCUUGCUUUGGCACCUUGCAGGGAGUGCUGGCUCCAUGGGUGCUGUGCAGCACUAUGUUGUUAGCCAGAUUUCAGAGCCAGGCAGUUGGGUUUUGUUUAGACAUUCCUUGGUGGCCCAUUUCUGCAACUUACGCAGAGCAUAAGUCUGCUCUGUCUAGAGAGGAGACACUGUCCUCAGGUCAUCUUUCUUUUCAGCAUUCCAGAAAGGCAAGAAAGCUUUAACGACUGAAAAGCUGCUUUAAAUUUGUGUUACUUAUGAACAAAAAUUGAAUGCCAUAUGAACUUUAAAGCCUUUCACUUGUUCUUCUUAGCAAUAAAAGCUUUACUGCCGUAUCUUGUCUUAAAAGCAUUCAGCAGGCGUGUACAAAUUGGUUCAUUUUUCUAGCUUUGCCUUUAACCUUUUGUACUGUAAUAAAGCUGCAAACAUAAAACACA